GUGAAUGUGUGCGUACGUGCGCUCUGUGCGAAACCUGCAAACAUUUACACACAAACAAUCAUUAUUUUAUUUUGACAUAUCGUAUAUAAAUUUGUUCUAGAGAUUUCAGUUCCGAAGCAAAGCUGAUUCAAUUCAGUGUGUAUCAUUGGCUGCAUCCAUAUAUACUUGUUUUGCAAAACGUUGCGCUGUGUAGUAGUAAAGCACACACAAAAAAAAGUCAUAUAGAUAGAUUGACAAAAAAGAGACCAGAGCGAAUCUUUGAUAAGACAAAAUUGACUAAAAAAAAAUCGAUUGCAGCGAUUUUUUAUUGCGUUUGAAUUUUAUCAUUUUCGUUUUUCCUGUUCUUUUAUUUCCGUUCUCAUUCAUUCGACAACAGCCCUUUUUGUCGUGUCUGUGAAAUUGUUUUGUGCGAAAGAAAAAGAUACUCAGCGACGGACAACGAUAAAAUGGAUAUUUUGAAGAAAAUGUUUGGCUUGAAUGGUGCAGCCGAAAAAGAAGUUGCCAUCAACGAUAAGAAUGCCAAGAGCAAAGUGCCAGCAUUCGGGAAUGAUUUCAAGAAGCCGAUUUGGUAUGACGAAGAGUCCGAUGAUGAACUAUUUGACAACAACAAGGUGUUCGGAUUCCAAGUCUUUUCCAAUCCAAUGGAAAUCCAAAAAUAUCACGAACAACAAUUGCAACGCAUGCUUAAAACAUUUGAGCAAUUUGAUGAUACCAAGGGAUUUUUCGAUGAGAGUUUUCGUGAGGAAUACAUGAAGCCUGGAUUCGAGAAUUUUGAGAAGUUUUCCGAAGUAAAGCCAUCGGUUGAUGUUGAUUUGGAUGGUGAGAUUUAUGCGGAUCAAUUGCAUUCCUUGUUGCAGCGCAUUUCUCCAGACUUGGAGAAUAUGCGCGCUAAGACAUUGGUCCCGAAGCAACCGGAGCCAAAGCGCAAAUUGACCGAUGAGGAGAAGAUUAUGGAUCAGAUUCAUUGCAUUGAUGAAGAGGAGAAACGUGUUGAGGUUCAUCCAUUCAAGAAGCACGGACCACCAAAUGUUCGUAUUCCGCACUAUGGAGGUGCAUUCGAGGGCGUCAUUGACGGACCAAAGACUCAUCGUCAAACCUUCUCGUAUCAGAUGGUUCGCAAGCCAGAAGGCACCUAUACAACCAGCACCGUGAUCGAUCUAAGUGGAAACACCAAAACGGUCAUCAAGCGCACAGUCGAUGGCGAGACCAAGACUCAAACACUCGUCAACGGGGUUGAUGUUGAUGAGAAGAAUGCCGGUGUCGGUGGCAUCACUGACAUGGUCAAGAAAAACGAUUGGAUCAUCGAUUGUGGCCGUCAUUUCUAUGUGAACAAGAACGGUUAUGCUUUGCCCAAGAAUUUGUGGUGACUGGAAAUUUGGAAGCUCAGCAUUCAAAGCAUCGCAUCAAUCUACUAUCAUGCACUAGUUGUUGUCGUUAUUCUUCUGUGUCUAUCAAACAACAGUAACCAAAUCAUAAAUACUACUACGAUUCUUACAAAUAUUAUUAAUUCAAAUCCAAACAAUUCCACCAGCCGCCGCCGCCGCCGCCGUCGCCACCGCUGCGGCAGCGACAGUAGCAAAAAUAUCAAAGUUACAAAUUCUCAAUCACAAUUGGCCGAACGAUUAGGGAAUGAGAGCACGUUUAUGCAUGUCAUGUACAUCACCAAAAUCAGAUGAAAACAAUUGUUCAUCAAAUUUUCGUUAAAAUUUGAUUAUUUAAAAUUCGAUCACAACUAUGAUUUUAGGUAGUGUUUAUUUAUUUUCAAUUUAGGUUCUUUUUUAUUCUUCUUCUUCUUCUUUUUUUCGUUGUUAAUUAUUGUUGUUAAACCAACACUUUGGUUCCUUGAAGCUUUAAUUUGGAAGAAAAAAAGUGUUUUUCUUUUCAAUUUCGGUUUAAUGUUGAGUUCGAAUGAGUCGCUUAAGGCACAAACGAAUUAGUACAAAAAAUGAAUUACGGUUUUUUACAAUAAUCAUCGAUUGAGAAAAAGAUUUUCUAGUUUUUCGUUUAAUUUCUUGUGCAAUUUGCUCAUUCCACUAUCCCUCGGAGUAUACACACAACCGAAGAAAGAGAGAAAAAAGAACUGUAUAUGAAGCGACGACACAAGAGUGUGAUUUGAACAUGCGAAACGUGGUCACGCAAAUCAGUUCUUUUUUUCUUUAUGAUUUUCUCUAUCGUUUUGAAAACUAAUUUGACCAAUUUUCAUUUUAUGAUUCCAUUGGAAUUCCGUUCAUAUGAAAAGGACCCAAUUGGUAUGAGAGAAAACACAAAUACAAAACGAGGUUUAUCAAGAGCAAGUCUUUUUAAGCAAUUUCUUUUUCUUACACUUUCUAUUCUGUUUGUAUUAAACGAUGAAUAAUACGAAACUUGUAAUUAUUACCCUUCGAUUGUGAUAUAUUUGAAAAUUUGUAUAUUUAAUAUGGAUGAAUUUUACGAUUAUAUUAAACCAAACAAAAUAGAUUAAUACAGAGCUAACAUAAACAAAGAGGUCAAAAUACAAGAAGCAAAAGCGAGAAAAAAAACCUUAACUACACACCAUUACAAAAUGCUCACAACAACAACAACAAAAAACAACUCAUUUUGAGAAUGAACUGAUAGGAAAUGCUAAGAGACAAAAAUAUCGCAACAAGGAUUAUUUGGAUUGCGUUCGAAUUUUCUGUUUUUAGUUUGCGUCACACACACGAAACUUUCACUUUUAUUUAUUUUUUGGUUGGUUAAACACACGCCUAUACAGUGUAUGGGCCAUUGGGCCAUGCACUCGUGACAUAAAUUGUUAUGAUAGCAAUGCCAUUCGUAUCUAUUCAGAUCUCACGAAGGAAUAAUAAAAAAACGAUGAAUAACGACAGACACACAUGUAAGAGAUUGAUGACGAUGUUGAUGAUGACUGAGCUACAAGUUUUAUCCAAGAGUAUAACAAGUCGCCGAUUAUUAUUAUUAUGAUAUUCAACAUAAUUUGCUUCCUUCACUAUAUAUUUAAUUUUAAGUGUGUUCUUUUUUCUGGAGUUCGAGUUUGAAACUUUUUUAAGACAAAAAACAGCAACUCACCUUAGAUUGAGGUCAAUUUAGUUUGUAGUGAUUUACUGACUUUUGUUACAGUAAUUUAAUUUACAAUUACAGUCUAAAAGCACCUCCUGAAGAGAAACAAAUCUCUCUCUUUCUCUUUUUGAAGAGAAACAAAUAAAAAUCCCCGAAAAUAAAGUAACGAUUUAAGUGAGUUUUGCGUUCUUUUAGUUCUUAUUCUUACAGUUUUUUUUUUGUUUCGGUAGAGAAAAAAAAACAAUUUUGCAUUCAUAAUAAACAAGAAAAAAAAAUUCAAUUAUUUAUUUGGUGAUUUUUAGUUUUUGUUAAUUUCCUAAUCGAGUAUUUUUACGCCAUUUACCAUUUGAAAUCAUCUGGACUUUUUGUCGAUGGCAAAAUCGAGAUAUUUUCCGGAACGGUCUUUUACAAUUUUAACAAAAAACAAAAUGAACAUUUUUCUAAGCUCUUUUUUAAAAUAUCAACUGAGAACAAAAUGAAGAAAAACAGAACAACCCAAUUUCAAAGGCACACUUUUUUACAAACACGCAAGAAAUGUGCGAAUCACAAUGUAUCACCAAAAGACUUCUACAGUUUUUUCUAACUCGCUCGCAAUUACUUUGGUUGGAUCGUAAUUUUUUUUUUUUUUAAAUCAGAGGCUAUUUUGGGUUAUUUCGUCGAACAUGAAAAAAAUGAAGAAAAUUUCUUUCGUUUUGGUGAUAAUAUAUGAUGAUGCAAAACUAUUUCAAUAACAAAAACAUGGAAAUAAACACAUAAACGUCUUUGGAUGUCAGCUACUUAUUCGUGGAAGAAAACGAACAUCUCGGAUUGUUUUUACCGCUCUCGUAUGUUAAGAUGUCAAGAAUCACAUAAAUAACCUAACCCUAGUUUAUGUUCAACUAUUUAGCAAAAAAAACGAACAACUGCAUACAAUUUGUGCAUUUGGCAGAUAUGUGUUUCGUAAUAUGUACACUUAUAUUUCAAAUACACACACACAUAAUCCAAUAUAGGACUCUUCUUCACUGAACAAAACAAAUAUAACAGUUUGAACAACAAAAACAAAACCAACUUAAACACAAACAACAGCAAAUUCUCAAUACAAUAAAUGUUUACUAUCGUAUUUGAUGUGCAAAGCAAA